AUGCCUGAACCAACCAGGAUACCAGAGCUGACGUGGAUGCCUGAACCAACCACGGUACUAGAGCAGAAGAAGGUAACCGCGCUGCCCAGCCCAGCCUUACCGAGUGCCGCGCUGCCCAGCCCAGCUUUGUCGAAUGCAGCACUGCAGAGUCCAAUGCAGCCGAGCUCUCCUCUGCCAGAGUCAGAGCAGCCGAGCUCUCCUCUGCCAGAGUCAGAGCAACCUUCAGCACUGCAGAAUCUAACACUUCAGAAUCCAGCUAUGCAGGAGCCAGCUAUACCAAGUCUAGCUCUGCAGCAUCCUGCCAUGCGUAGUUCAGCUAUGCAAAAUCCGGCCCCGCAGAGUGCAGCCUUGCCAAGGGCAGCAUUGCAAUGGUCAGUCAUGCCAAAUCCAGUUCUGCAAAACUAUGGCAUGAGAAAGGCACCUAAGCUGAUAAGGACGCCAGAGCUAAGCAGAGCACAGGAGCUGAGACGAGCGCCAGAGUUGAUAAGGCGGCCAGAGCUAACUCUCCACAAGUCCACUACGCCGUAUCGACCACCGAAAAUUUCUGACCAUGUGGAAGAAGUGGGAAAUUUCAGCGCUAACAGUCUUCUGCCAGCUCUAUCCAGCACUCCAGCUCUGACGAGCCCAGCUCUGACUACUCCGCCAACUAUGACGAAGGACACUAGCGCUGCACAUCUUUUGCCAGUUCUGACGAGCCCAGCGCUGCCCAUCCAGCCUGCUGUGAUGAGCACUGGCCCGGACGAAGAAAAGGAGACGCCGAUUCUCAGAUCGGUAGCGCUGUCCCAGAAUAAAGAAGGUGUGUUGCCAAAGGACGUGUUUGACCCUGGUGUCGCCCAGUCUAAGGAGAAUUUCAGAGGAGAGGGUCAUCGCAUGAAACCCGAUUAUGGGCAGUUGAGUACUCCGAUGGUGGUGGAGUCUCACACUCUGCAUGAUCCUCACUAA